CUUUGCUUUGGUGAAAAUUUCAUUGACAAAUUAGUUAUUAGUAAUUUCCUAUCUUAAAAAAUUGUUUACUUUUGUUAUUAUUGGAUUAUAUUUAUGACGUUAGAGUAAUAUACGAUCUAUUUAUCACAUACCAAUAAUGCCUUAACGUUCGAUUCAAUAAUCACAAUACUACACAUACAAUACAAUGCCUCGGGACCGUGAAAGAAACCGGUACCGUGAAAAGCGAAGUUCAUCCUACAGUUCGGAGUCAUCAUACGAACGUAAAAAAUCAAAGAGUAAACAUAAACGACGUACACGGUCAAGAGAUCGAUCUGAAUCAAAUAUCCACAGAAGGAAACGUUCGGUAUCUAGAUCGAAGCAUAGAAGACGAAGCUAUUCCAGAAGUGUAUCUAGGGAUCGAUAUGAUGGUAAAUCUAAGCGAAGGUCUUCGUCGCGAUCUCGGUCUAAACGAUCUAAAUAUUCCCGAGAGCGAUCGCGAUCGAGAUCCAGUUCACGCAACCACAGCAAGAGCAACAAAAAACAUAAAAGGCAUUCACGGUCCAAAAGUAGAUCUAACUCAUUUGAUUUAGAACCCAAAACACAAAGAGUAAAUCUUGAUGAUACAGACACCAAAGUUGAGAAAGCAAUCAAAGCUGCUGAGGCAGCUGGACUUACCAUGACCAAGUUGCCUACGUAUGACUACAAAGAGGUUGAAGUGAAGGAAGACAUGCCUACAAUACAUGAUAGAAACCUUCUGGAUGAACUCAACAGUGACUCUUUUGUUCAGAAAUCCUUUACUUCAUCUAAAAAUAAGAAACAGUCGCAAAAUAUAGUCAUUGAUCUAAAUGCACAAACAGUUAAAGUGCCAGAAGCCAAGAUAGAACCAAAAAUGGAAGAUUCUAUUAUUAAUUUUGAUGAAAUACCGAGUCCAGAUGAAUUGAAAGAGAUGUGGAUUAAAAAGCUUUACUUGUAUAGAAAGAAAGUACUCAAGGGUGAAAUAUCAUAAAGUGUUAUGCAAGAUUUUGUUUUUGUACAAUAUUUUCUAUUAUUCAUAUUUGUACAUAUGUGUUGUUAAGAUUAGAAAUAAAAAUAACUUACACAACCUAAAUUAUCUUUAUUUAACAUAACAACAUACAGUCGCAACUCACAAUUUUUAACAUGUUCUGGAACUACUGAGACAUCUAUAUUUACAGC